ACCCCAAGACAUAUACCAUUUAAAUACCCUCUGCAUGCUAUUUUUCCUGGAGAACAUUAUUUGAAAAGACAUAUGAACACGCAACUUGUAUAGCAGUUUUAAAGAGAUGCAUCAGUACACCAGUGGAGAAAGCCAAAUGAAUGUAACAUUCUGCUUGAAAACCUCUACCUGUUCAGAUGAACUACCAACACAAAUGGGGACAGAUACAGGUAAAAAACUGUUUAAGUGUGAGAUUUGUGGAAGUGAGCUGAAGGAAGCAGGAAACUUAAGGAAACACAUGAGGAUACAUACAGGUGAGAAACCGUAUGUAUGUGGUCUGUGUGGAAGGGCAUUCAGCUUAUCGAGUUCCUUAAGAACACACAUGAGGACACAUACAGGUGAGACACCUUUUAAAUGCGAGGAGUGUGGGAAGGCGUUCAUGCAAUCAAAUGCUUUACGCAGACACAUGUGGACCCAUACAGGUUAUAAACCUUUUAAAUGUGAUGUGUGUGGGAGGUUAUUUAUCCAAUCCAGUGUCUUAGAGAUACACAUGAGGACACAUAGAGCUGAUGACAAAUGUGAUGUGUGUGGGAAGACCUUCAAGAAAUUAUCUCUUUUAAAGAGACACAUGUUGAGUCAUUCAGAUGAUGAACCUUAUAAAUGUGAAGUGUGUGGAAAGACAUACAAGGACAUACAGAACUUAAAUCUACAUAUAAAGACACAUACAGGAGAUGAGCAUUAUAAAUGUGAUGUGUGUGAGAAGAUCUUCUCUUUAUCUCAGCAUUUUAAGUCACACAUGAAGACCCAUGCAAGAAACUUUUUCAUUCAGUCGGAACAAUCGCAGAUGUACUUAAAGACCCAUGCAGAUGGAGAGUCUGCAGAGAGUGAUGAGAUUGGGAAUUCAGAGAGAGAAGGAGACAAUUCUUGUGAUGUGUGCGGAAAAGUACUGAGCGAUUCAAAGGGUUUACAAAGACACUUGAAAAUACAUGAAGGAGAGAAUCCAUAUUCAUGCUAUAUCUGCAGGAAAACAUUUCGUGAAAUGGCACACUUGAAAAGACACGCAAAGACGCAUACAUCUGAAAAAGCUCAUAGUUGUGAUGUGUGUGGGAAGGAGUUUAAAUAUCCAGAUGGUUUACGAAGACACAUGAGAAUACAUCGCGAAGAAAAACCUCAUUCAUGUGAUAUUUGCGGGAAAGCCUUUCGUGAAAGGGCACACUUGAAAAGACACACACAGACACAUACAUCCAAAAAAGACCAUAGCUGUGAGGAGUGUGGGAAGGACUUUAAAUAUCCAGAUAGUUUACAGAGACAUAUGAAAACACAUCAAGAAAAGAAAGAAGAAACAACCUAA